GACCUGCCGCGAGUCCGGGGGUUGGGACGGCGCCGGUGGGCUUCGGGGGCUCGACGCCGGCGCUCGGUGGGCCUGGGGGUCGCCGGAGUCGCGAAUUCUGGUCCACAGAAGAAGAUAAGUGAUAUCCAGCCCAAAAUGGAAGAGUGUCCUUACUGUAAGAAGCCAUUUAAAAGAUUAAAAUCUCACUUGCCAUACUGUAAAAUGACCGAAUUGACCAUACCUGCUGAUCAGAAAGUUCAUCAGUCCAGGCCAGCUACUGUCCCAGGUGUUAAAAAAGUGGAAAGGCCGACCAAAGACUUAACUAAGAGGAAAGAACUAGAAAUAGAGGAUGAGAAAAGAAAUACCAAAUCAAUAAACAACAAACUGGAAAGGACAGUAGCAUCCUUUCCACUACAAGAUACUGACUUGCAAAGAGCAAGUACUCCAAAGGUGGGUGUAGACAUCAAGGCUCAAAGUCACCUUUCCUUCAGAGUGUUAAAAUACACCAAACCAAAGAUUACCUUCCGGAGAAAAACUAAGGCUCAGUCUUAUCCUUCAAUUAACUCUUCUCCUAAACAAGAACUUGGCAAAGGUUUGCCUAAAUCAGAGGAAAUCCAGUCGAAUUCUUUAGAAACAGAAGUAUCAUUACCCAGUAGUUCAACAGAGCCUUUGUCGAAUCAAGGUAGAAAAUACUCCUUAGCUGCACCAAAUGAUGUACAAGCCAAUCCUAUGCAUGUAAAGUUAGACACAAUUGAGCCCCAAAGACAAGGGCUUCUAGUAAAAUCAUUAACUGUACGUACAAGUGAUUGUCAUCAUUCUCUGAAGAAUCUCAAUGAUGGAAUACAAACAGUGAGAGCAUCAAUGUUGAACAAGAGUGAUUCCAGAGACAGAAGCUAUGUGCCAGCACACUCUGCUGACAUUGGAAACCCUGAGGCUCAGGGAAAGAACUCAGAAUCACUUGUUUUAGGCCCUCACCCCAACCCAUUAAAUCCAAUUUCAGUUGAGAACCAAGUUGUGGGACUUGGCUGUGGAGUGGAGGUACGUCGGGCCCAGGGAAAUGCUGAGGACAGCAUGCUUGUGACAGAUUUGCAGGAACGGGCUUCUGUGAGCGGUGGCUGUAAGAACUUCACUGGCACCUCUGCCACCAAGGAGAAACAGCAAGCUGGAGAUUCACUUUUAAACCUGUUCUCUCUGCGAGAGGCAACAUACAAUGAGUUUCUUUGUGUAUCACCAUCAGACCAUCAGAAUCUUGCCUCUCUGUCCAUGAAAGGUCUUCAAGGAGAGAAAGUGCAAGUCUGUGGUCAUAAUCAGGUCCCCAAUGUCAACCUCUUACUAGAAGGGCAGGUACUCCCUGCCUUGGAGCCUUACUCUGCCUGUCACCAUCAAGCAUUAAACCAGCAGUCUACCCAGUAUAUUUCUAAAAGCUCCCUCGUCAGUCAUAUUGCUAUUGACAGAAAGCCCCCUCCCAGUCCCAUGGGGCUGGAGUGGUUUCCAGAUCUCUAUCCUGGAUAUGUUGAAUUAGGGGUGUUGCCAAGGAAGCCUCGGUUUUGGAACUCAGUGGCCCAGAGACCCCAGCUUGCCAGUCCCCUGGGGGGACAUCUUUCACAAGUUCUUUUGUUGGAAAGAAGCUCGGCUGGUGUAAAGAGUUUGGAACCCCCGACUGGGCUUACAACCUCCAACUUCCCUGUAACGAGACUCUUGGGCGCUCUGCACAAAGGCUGGAUCAUGUGUAACACCACCAUAAAGAAGAGCAGAGUUGGUGGCAUCACAAUGCUUUUCACAGGGUACUUCCUCCUGGGUUGUAGCUGGAGUUUCAAGCAUCUGAAGCUGCAGCGCUGGCGGAAGUAAUGUGGAUGGGGGAUGGACGAAAGCUCAGGUGGAGGGGAGCUCGGUGGAUAUGACUACAGAGCAGAUGGCACAGCUUAAAUUUGUCCAGGGGAGGGGGAGGGGGGUGCGAGAAUAAACAACUGCAAUCUAAAGCAAUCACAUGAGUAGUAGAGUUCUUACCAACAUGGGCAGAUCUGGUUCUGUUUGGUGCUUCUAUGGCUUGCUCUCAAAACUAACAGUAGGAAAAAAUACAGGUUUGUUGAAUCAUCAGCUCAUUAUUUAAGGAGAUAAGUAGAUGAUAGAACGUAUCACUUAAAGAAGCUUUUUCUUACUUGGCGUAGUGAUGCACACCUGUAAUUCC